GUACAAUAAUGACAACUAUGGUAUAAAAAUGAUGGUCGAUUGAUGCCAAUUAAAAAAAGUGAUGAAUUAAAUUAAAUAUUUAUUUAAUAAAUGAAAUAUUAAUUUAUUAUUGUUUCAGUUUCUUUGUGAAAGGAUAUUGUGAGAUACUUCUAAACAAGGAUAAUAUCCCUAAUAAAUACAGGUCUUUCAUAAAAAUGUAUGACAAGAAUGAAAUUGCCUUGUAAAACGUUGUAAAUACUGGGUGUUCACAUGCAUCAUAACAACAUGGCAUUGACAACCGAGUAACGAUUGAAAGAGGUCACUGUUUUCAUUCCAAAGCAUGCUUGUAUGUUUGGUGUAGCUGUGUGAAUUCUGUGUUCGUUUGCCUAUAAUGGCAAAGAGGAGGAAGCCGUCUACACAAGUCCCUUCGCGGCGUUCUACACGACGCGGGAAACAGGGCGAGGUGGCCAACGCAAGCGAGGGUGAGACCUCUGCUUCCACCGAACCGCAACCCGAGACAUCCGGCGAAAACAAAGAGCCCCCGGAAACCGAGAGUGGGGAAAUUAAGCCCUCCACUCAAACCAUACAAAAUUCUGAUGUAAAAGUAUUAAAAACCGCUCAAACAAAUCUAAUUCCAUUUGUGGCACUGCAUAAAAAAUUCGGUAAAUUUCGAUGUUUACUUAGUAAAAGUGAUGGACUCAAAUACGAUAUUGGUAGUGACAGUGAAACCAACAGUAGUGUAGACACUAGAGGCAUGGAUCCACAUUGUGGUUCAGAGUCUGAUUCAAAUGCAAUGGACAAUAAUUCAGACACAUACAGCAGGGCUUGCCCCAGCCCUCUGAUCUUGCAAGGGAACUCUAGAGAAAUGUCACCAGUUCUCACACAAAAAGAGUGUACAAUGUCUCUUCUACAAAAAGAAUUACAGACUGUCAGUGAUGACAUAAGUGAGAUAAUUGAGAAGUCUGAGACGGUGCAGGAUAGUGUAAGUAUAAAUUCUUUAGAACAAAUUGAUUCAGAUAUAAAAAUUAUGAGUGAAGUGGAGGACAAUCAAAAUCAAGAGGAAUCUGGUAAAGAAAUCAGCAUACCUGUCAAUGAAAAUGAAGAACAUCAUGAAUUAACAGUUGCAGAGCAUUUGGAAUAUAAUGAUGAUGAUGAAGUAAUAACCAUUGUCCAAAUAGUUGAAGAUGACAACCAGGAGCUUUAUUACAACAUCAACAUUGAGAGUCCAAAUCAGUUAAUACUGGAAGAAACAAAUUCAAAGAAAGAGGAAUGCAAAGAAGAUUUUCAAAAAGAUUUUGCUAAACUCAAUCUUCAAAUUGAAUCAAAUCCAAACUCUCCUAUGGAGGCUUCAGAUAUUAUUGAUCUCAGUACACCACCUUGUGGUACUCCUGAUCCUCAAAAUGACUUAGUAAUAAGGCCAGACCCUAGUUUAACGCCGAGCUCAACUCUGUCAGAUGAUAGUAACUCAUCUAGAAUGGUAGAACAGAAUCCUAAUAAUUCCAAUGACUCAGCAGAGUCCUCACCAACCGGGGUUCGAAGAUCUAGUAGAAUUAAAACUAUAAGCAAUAUGAAACAAAAAACAAAAGGCUUUGGCUUAGUAAAGACACCUUUGAAGAAAGCUUUGAUCACACAGACCAAGUUGAAGCUAGAAGAAAUGGGAUCUGAUAGCCAAGAGAAGUCUUGUGAUGGACUACAAAAUAAUGCAAAUCCUUUACAUUUCCCAGUUCCCUCAGAAAUGCCUGUUAAAGUAAAAUCUCGAUGGAGGAGAUCUAGUGAGCUAGAAAUGGGUGCAAAUUCUCCUCUUAACUCUCCGUUAGCUAGUCCAGGAUUGCCAUCAAAAUUGCCACCUCUAGAAGAAGAACAAAAAGUGUUGGGAAUUGAAAAACCUGACACACCACUCACCAAAGAGGCUUACGACAAGAUAAUAGAAGAGAGAAUAAGCCAGUAUGAACAUUUAGAAGAGAAUGAGUAUUUAUGUGAUCGUAUGAUAAGUAAGGAGACAAAGAAAAUGAUUUGUGAUUGCUUUAUGACAAGAGAUGAGUUGGAGAGAGGGGAGCUUGCUUGCGGAGAAGAUUGUUUAAAUAGACUUCUUAUGAUUGAGUGUAACUCUAGAUGUCCAGUUGGCGAUAGAUGUACAAACAGAAGGUUUCAGAAAAGGCAAAAUGGAUCUCUGAAAGUGUUUUACGCUGACAAGAAAGGGUGUGGUGUAGAGGCCAGUGCGGAUAUUCCCAACGGCGAAUUCCUAAUGGAGUACGUAGGCGAAGUUUUAGAUUAUGAACAAUUUUACAAACGAGCGCAGGCAUAUUCUGAUGACAACAACUUGCACCACUACUUCAUGUCGUUGAAGGGUGAUACAGUCAUUGAUGCAACGCUUAAGGGCAACAUAUCAAGGUUCAUAAACCAUUCAUGUGAACCGAACGCCGAAACUCAGAAGUGGACCGUGAACGGAGAACUGAGGAUAGGUUUCUUCAGUAAAAGGGAUAUUGCUGUUGGGGAGGAGAUAACCUUCGACUACCAGUUUCAACGGUUUGGCAAGGUGGCGCAGCGUUGCUACUGUGGCGCUGAAAAUUGCCGCGGUUGGAUCGGCGCUGAGCCUGACUCGGACGACGAGUACGAUGAGGAGGAGGAAGACGUGUCUACAUCGAAAUCGGGUACAACAGAAUCGUCGGAGGAGGCGCGCGAACUGACAGGCGGAGUUGAGACAGAGAUAAAGCGGGUGCGCAAGCCGAAAAGAGAUAGGAAAUACAAGCCCAAGGCGCCAGAUCUAGUGCAGGACGCUGAUAUUGAAGACGACCUAGAAGCGCUGAGCCGUACAGGCGUGAAGAACCAAGCGCACACGCUGCGACUGUCGCGUACGGUUGUGCGCGCCAAGACGCGACCGGCGCAGACCGCUCUGUUGCGACUGUUGCGCGAUUCGCACCUACCGUGUAGACGCUUGUUCCUCGACUAUCGCGGUUUGCGACUCCUGGCGCCGUGGUGUCUUGAUGCGCCGCUUGCCUUUAGACUGGAAAUGCUCCUGACUGUGGACCGUUUGCCGAUCCCCAACAAGACGAUGGUCCAAGAGAGCCGGUUCUUCACCAUCGUCGAGCGAUGGCUGAGCGCCAGCGCGGCUCCUGUAUCUGAUACUGUAUUGAUUGAUGAAGCUACAGGUUUGCCAAUAGAUAUUCACAAUAGAACAGCGCAAGAUGAAGUCGCGGCGUUAGAAAAGAACAAAGAAAUCGCAGCGAUAUCCGAGAAAGUCAAAGAUCUUUGCAAUCAGUUGCUCGAGAGAUGGUCUAGUUUAAAGGAAGUCUUCAAAAUCCCAAAGAAAGAGCGAAUCCAACAAAUGAAGGAGCACGAACGCCAAGCGAACGUGGAACGCCGUGCGGCCGACUCCAGCGGCACUAGAGAUAGAGAUAGAGACAGAGAUAGAGAGAACAGAAGAGACGAGCGGGAACGAGAGAGAAGAGAUGAGCGGGACAGAGAAAGAGAACGGGAGAGGGACAGGGAGAGGGAACGCGAAAGGGAGAGAGAGAGGAACAGGGAGAGAGAACGGGAACGUGAGAGGGAGAGGGAAAGAGACGACCGCGAUAGAAGAAAACGGAGAAACAGCCCGGAAGCUAGGAGAAGUAUUCGUCUGAACGAGCGCGUCCUGGCGUCUGUGCCGCCGAUGAGCAAAGAGGAGAGGCGGAGAGCGUUUGCGGAAGCGGCGGCGGCGGCGGACGAAAGCCGGCGACAGCGCGACCGCGACCCGCCCCCGCCGCACUCCUGGCCGCCACACUUCCCGCACUGGCCGCCGGACGCUUUCACACAGAUGUUCCCGCAAGGUAUGAUGGGCGGUAAUCCAAACAUGAUCAGCGGAGCGUCCAACUUGAUGGGCAAUCCCGCAAACAUGAUGGGCGGUCCACCAAGCAUCAUGGGGAACCCACCGAACUUGAUAGGCGGACCGAACAUGGUGCCCAUGGUUCCACCUGGAGUUCCAGGAAUGAUGCCUGGAGUCAUACCUCCGGAUAUACCCCCCGAGUGGAUCGGUCCAAAUGGAGAGUUCCAAGGUCCUCCUGGAUUCUGUCAACCGUUUCCCGGACAGCAGCCAUUUUGUAUGCCACAGCCUAACAUGAUGGGUAUCAGCGGUUUCGGCAUGGGCGGGUUCGUGUUCGGCCAGCAGUUGCCGUUUCCGGUGCCUCAGCACAACCUGUCGCAGCCGCCGCCCAUGGCAUUACCUAGCACGGCGGUGCAGCCGGUGGAGGACGGCAAGGAGGCGGUGCUGCCGUCGCUGUGGCGCAGCGCGGUGGACGAGCGCGGGCGCCGCUACUACUACCACGUGAAGCUGCGCCAGCCGCAGUGGCAGCCGCCCGCGCCGCCGAUCGCCUCGCCUGCAGAAGAAAGUUCAUCGGAAGAGGAAACUGAACCGGUGGAAGCUACAGUCAUGAGGCUGACCAAAGGGAAAGUUGUGGAAGGUGUCAACGGAAUUUACGAAGUGAUAAAAGAAGAUUCGCAUAACGGCCUGAUACCGGACCACGCGUUGGUUAACAUCAAACCUAGAAAGCGAAGACCAGGGCUCGUCUCCGAAAGACCCAUCAGUCCCCGCACAGAAGAAGACAAGUUGGCUGGCAGGAUGGAGGUGAAGCGGUACAAGCAGACCAAGGAGAAGCUGCGGCGGCGGCGCGAGAAGUUGCUGCAGAAGGUGCGCCUGCUGUCGGCGGCCAAGCGACGGGGGAAGGAGAUCUCGCAGCAGGAGCUCAAGUUCGUGGAACUCGACGACUCGGACAGCGACUCGGACACGGACUCGGACGACGCACUGGAGAAUGUGUUGCCGCAGCUGUCGCCGCAGCCCGCGCCGUCGCCCGUGCUCGCGCCGGCUCCCUCGCCCGCUGCCGCGCCCGCCCCCAAGUCCGCUCCCGCGCCCGCACCGCCGCCGGUGCAAGUAGACACCGAGGAGACGGCGCGACGCAUCAAGGAGGUGUUCCGGAGCAGCAUGGCCAGGGUGAUGGUGCACCACCUCAACCCGUACCGACGCUCGGACGCGCCCGCCGGCAGGAUCACUUGCACCUCGGACUUCAAACACCUCGCUAGGAAGCUCACCCAUUUUGUAAUGCUGAAGGAAUUGAAGCACUGUCGCUCUGUGGAGGAACUAGUAGUCAAUGACUCGGUCAGAUCUAAGGCCAAGACGUUUGUCAAGAAAUACAUGGCCAAGUUUGGACCAGUGUACAAUAGACCAGCGGAAGAGUGUGAUUAGCAUCCGGCUCUGCAGCUCAAUGCUGCCAUUAUGAAAAUUUGCCAAACCUAUUGACUUGGCCAAGAUUUGAAGACAACAUUUGUUAGUGGUGUGACGACAAUGUUGGCAUUGUUGGCAAUAUGAGGCCAAACAUUUGUCAUUGGUUUGAGGAAAAUGUUUGCAAUGUUGGCCACGAUUUGAAGCCAACAUUUUCCAUUGGUUUAAACCAGUGUUUGCACUGUGAUUUGUCAGUGUUCAGUUUGUAGUGAAAACUUUAUUGUGAUAAACUUUAUAAAAAUGAACGCAGAUAUGCUUGUUAGUUUAAUGUGAAAAAGUGAACAGUGAUUGUAAAAUACUAUUCAAUAAAAAAUCAUUUUGUUUAGUACUUGGUUCCACUGUGGACUAAAACGAACUGAACUAAAACUAUUAAAUCUUACAGACUAAUAUUAUUUAGAGUUAGGAUCACCAAUUGUUCUUAUUCUAAAGUAUUAUAAUGUGUAUGAUUGUUAGGUAUACAUAUUUUUGAAGAAAUGUGUACAAAAGUACAUCUACAGUUCAGUUGAUCACAUUAUUAAUUUUUGAUUUCGUUAAAACCAUGUUAGAUGAUCGCUGAAACUCAAUCUAAUAAGAAUCACUGCAAUUUGAUGUUUUUGUCUUUAUUCACUAACAUGGAUGCAUUCUUUAAAUGAAAGCCACUGAACUAUGAAGAUAUGCUAUGAAAUAUUUUGAAACACUCAAUCGAGUUGCAAUUCAACAGCUACUAUACUCAGAGGCACAAUUAUCCGCCGACUUUAAUAUACUCAUAAUAAAGUGGGCGGAUAAUCGUGCCUCUGAGUAUAUUAUCGAACAGACUUGUUUGACUUUAUCCUACGAAAGACACUAAGGUAAUGAAUAACCCAGCUGACCAAGACCAAGGUAAUUGGGUUGAAAAAUUUUUGUUUCAUAAUGAAAUAAUACAAUUAUUAUUCUACCUGUUACUACUUACUAGUCAAUAUUUACUCAGUAUGAUGAUUUCAUUAUUAUUUAUUGAAAUGGUGAAUGAGAAAACUUGACCAAAUAGAUAAAUGAUGUGAGCUUUUACCCUCAUUAAUAUAAAAUAUGUAUGCGUAUUUGAAUUUGUUUGCAAGUUUUAACCACGUCAUAUAUGUCAUAUAUAAAAUUAAUUUUCUAAAAAAUAUAUAUAAAAUCAAGCCAUUAAAUAUAGUCCAAUAUUCUAUAAAAAUCCCAAAUUCAGAGCAAAUUCAACCUUAAGGAUUGAGUUUAAGGUUGAAUUUGCAAAUGCGACUACUUGAAUUGAGUGCCAAGAAGUUGUGUUUGACACUCAUUGAGUGGAGACGUUUUUGGUCGCAGAUUGUGCAUCCAGUUUUUAAAGGAGAUCGAUGUAUAUACUAUAAAAAAUCUAUGUCUAAGUCUAAUGCAGGAUUAGGUUUUAUCAACUUUUGACUGUUUUUCUAUCUCAAUAAUUUCACCAUAUGGGCACACUUUUAAAACGAUCUUAAAUACUUAUUUUGUGUAUGUAUUACAUUUCAAUUAUCAUUAGCAACCCAUAUUCGGCUCACUGCUGAACUCGAGCCCCCUCUUAGAAUGAUAUAUAUUGAAUGAGAUAUUUGCUUACCUUUAAAUGUUAUGAUAUUGCGUAAAUCCCUAAUAAAGUAAGUUUUAUUUUUAUACAAUCUGUAAAGUAAGUUCCCUCCUAUUGCUUAAAAGAAGUACGUAUUAAGGGGUAGUUUCAAUUUGUUGGAUGCAAUGAAAUAAGUGUUAUUCCCAUUAAUGUUAUAUAGAACUGUAAAUACGUAUAGUGCAAUGUCAAUUGUAGAUCAGAUUUCUUUUUUUGACAUACUUAAAAAAUCUCAUAUUUUUUUAAGUAACUUUCAUGCUUAGAUGUAAAUUCUUGAGUAAUGAAUUGAUAACAUUCUAAUCCAAUAUAGCGGUUUAUCGAAAUUAGUGGACCAGUUACUACCUAUAAUAUGGGUAUCAAAUGAAAGUAGUGACACUCUCAACAUCUUCACCAAAGCAGCCUUUCCUUUGAUGUCAUGUUAUAGGUUGCCACUAAAUUCUCGUUUUAAAUAAUCAAUAGUGUAUUCUUUGUGCAUGUUUCACACGAAAUUUUAAUUAAAUUUUGAUAAUAGUCUGUGAAUGUUGUCUAUGUUGCUAAAAUAUAUAUUUUUUUUCAAUUAGCUAGUUUCUGUUUUCUGUAGAAAAAUAAAAUUGUUAUAUGUUCUUUGGUUAAAUAAAAACAAAAAUAUCGCAUUUCGUUUGAUAAUCGUGUCUUCAAGAAGUUAUGAACUACCCUAAAUUAAGUUUCCUAAAGAGUUUUAAGCUAUAUGAAAUUGUAAAUAUAGACAGUUAAGGAGAUUAGUAAUAUGUUAAGUGAUUUCUCAUUUUGUUAAAAGAUAACCUCAGAAUACUGAAAAUUACCUAUGAUCAUGUUUUAGUAUUAUUUUAAUCACUACAAUGAAAUUAUUGACAAAUGAUUUACUAAGAAAGGAAGUUUCGAUCCUCCACAUUACCAAAAAUCAAUAUUUUGCGAAAAACACUAUUAUUAUAAUAGUUCAUGUAGUUCGUGUUUCGAUGAUGAUGAUGAUGAUGAUGAUGAUGACUCGUUAUUUGUUACUUUGCGAAAGCUUACAAUAUUUAUAAUCUCUCAUUUAUUUAUUCGGUACUUUUUUUUAAUUGUCAACAAUGUUAAUAAAAUUAAAAUACAAAUUACAAUACAUAACGCUAACAUUUAUAAAAAAAAAAGAAUUUAAAAGGAGAUGGUCGAAUUAAGGUCCACUCUUGUACAACAUAUCAUUAAAAUAAUAAAAAAGUACAAGGUUUUUAUUAAAAUCUGAAUAAGUGAAUAAAUCUAACUAAAUAAAAAGAAAUAAAUUAAAUUAAAACCCAAGGUUUUAAGUUUUAUCAAGAUGGCACCCUUAAAGCAACUAUGACAUGACAAUUGACAGCAAACGUCAAAACGACUACUGCAUUGAAAAUGUCAUCAAUCCGCUAUUAUUACCCAUAUUAGUGUUGCGUUUCUUGGGAGAUAAUGAAUAUUAUUUCGAAAGAAUUAAAGUGAAUUCGUAGAUUUGUAUAAUCAAAAAUCGUCCAAAAAAAUAUUUUCUUUUAUUUCUGCCAGGGUACAAUGACUUAUCCUGGGCUCCAUACAAUUUUGGACCAUCUCCUUUACUCUAUUAUUAUUAUUUAUUAUACAGAAUACUUCAUUUUGGAGUAAAGCGUCAGGAAUGACUAAAAAUAAAUGAAAACCCGACAAAUUCAUUUCCAUUUCAAUUUGACGGUUUUUCGAGGAAAAAAUCAUUAUUUAUUAUCGUCUAUGAAGUUUUAAUUUGAUAAAUUGCAUUAUCCUCAUCACUAAUGUUUGUUGUAUCCGUCGGUUUGCGCUGGCCCUUUAUAAUUAUGUAAUUAAAAAAAACUGUUCACUAAUGCAAUUAAGCUAUUUAUUGAUGAUCUCUAGAAGGGUUGAGAGAUUGAUUUUUUUAAUGACGAUAUCUCGAAUGCUAAUAUUGUUAAUGAUUUAAGUAGGUACAGUAUUAUUAAUGGAUGUUGCUAUGUCUGUUGUUUAUAUGUAAAAUAUACUUAAUCUAAUAAUCUUUAUUAGGUAAAUCAAUUUUACUUCAUUCUUCGCUGGAAAUUGUACUUUCGAGAAUCGAAAACUGUCAGUUUUGUAUGAUAUUCGAUCAUCACCGUAUUUUGAAAAUUGUUAAUAAUUGCAUUACAAGGGCUUGUCAAUUUAGAGAAGCUAUUGUAUUUCAAAAAGAUUUUUGAUACAAGUAAAUGAACCUAUAAAGAGAUAUUUUUUGCAGCGUGAGUCUCAGUCUAAUUCUAACUCUAUAAUAGAGUUAGAGUUCUAUCCUACGAUAGAAAAUAAUUUGAAAUUCAAUCUAAAAUCCUCAGGGCCGGUUCCAAAACUGCUGUCAUAUUCCUGCCAACCUGAAGUAUAGAUUUAAUCUAUGACCGGAAAUAGCGAAUUUUAGUCUAUGGCAUAUCUCGCUCCUGGUAUUUAGACGCGUACCGACUCGCGAACAUAAAUCACAUAUAAAUUGUAAUUAACCAUAUCUUCGCCAUUACGCGUUUGUUUUUGCCCUAUGCAAUUAUUGAAUGCAAUGAAUUGGCUAACAGUCUUUUUCAACUGACUUAAAAAAAAUGAGGAGGUUCUUUCGACUCGUAUAUUUUUUUAAAUGUUUGCUACCUCAUAACUUCGUCAUUUAUUAACCAAAUUUGAAAAUUCUGUUUUUGUUUGAAAGAGAAAGAGAGUAAGAAUACUUUCAGAUUGUAUCAUUUCAUUUUCAUGAAAAUCGAUUAAGUAAUUUUGUGUUAAAAUCAAAAUAAUUGAAAUACGUCUGAAGUUGGUUCCAUUUUUAUGUAAACAAAGUUUCUUCUCUUCUUAGAAGAAUCUUUGAGAAAGACUCUUCUCUUCUUAGAAGAAUCUUUGUUUCAGAUAGUAAAUAUGAUGAUUUAUAUCAACAGAUUGUAUUGUAUGGUAUUGUACUGUGAAGAACACUUUUCAAUCAAGACAAAAUUUAUCGUACUGUGUAAAUAUUGUAAAUAUAAAUAUACAAUUAUGUUCAAACCGUAUGUCUGUUUGUUUUACAUUGAUGGAGUGUUUUGUCUGUAUUUACGUACUCGUGUAGUCGUGAGUGUGAAAUGACGAUAUAAGCUGAGUAAUUGUAUAGUUAAGUGGCAAUAUGUGAUCGAGAACAAGUAAAAACUUUAUUUCUUUUAAUA